GGCAAGAAAGGAUCCUCUCCUUCGUUACCGGGUCUGUCAUGCAAAGACAUCAAGGACAGCGGAGAAUUUAACCGUGGAAUUUACUGGAUAAGGCCUGAAGGCUCAAGUGACAGUUUCCAGGGAUACUGUGACAUGUCAGCGGUUGGACGUGAGUUUCGUUCUUAAAAAAGUAACUUUAGCAGGAAAAUGAUAGUGUUUAACUUUUUAUUGCGUCAGGUAAAGAACAGUAACUGUUAAUCGUUUUCAUAAGACCAAAGCGGUAGAGAAAAAAAUGCGUUUCAUAUUCAGUAUAUCUAAGUCGGAUUAGGAUAAUCUAAUCUUGCUUUGCUGUUAUAUAUACAAAUACCAUUGUAUUUAUUCUUGACAUUGAGUUGAAUCUGAACGUUGCAAAUUAAAGGUUUUUUUAAAUCAGCUUGGUAAAAGCUAGUAAUCUUAACUACUUACUUUUGUAAGUAUUUUUAAUCCAGACCUAUUCUGUUGUGCUGUAUCAUCUGUGGCAUCUGGCUGGCUGUCUACCCUGGUCCAAGAGGCUUUUCUUGAUUUGUACCUCUGAGACCAGGGUAUUUUUUUCUUUUUUAAUUUCAGGUAAAUAAAUUUUUAGUUCUCAAUUAUAUAGUUUUUUUUUUUGAAUAAUUAGAAUGGAAAAAAGUCACGGCUCAAGCAUACACUUUUCGUGGGGGAGUGACGAUUACCUACAGUGAUGAAAACAACGGGCUCGCCAUAUCUGGUAAAGCGACGUCAUAUGGAUGCGGCGGGAAACAGUCAGGAGCUUUAACGCUGAUCGAAGGAUACUGGAGGAAAAUUAAGUACACACAAGAAUUCCGUGGUGUUGCGUCAUGCUGGAGCAUAUUUGGGGAUAACUGGUAGUUUUUUUUAUAUAAUCAGGGAGACCUUGGAAAUCUCAAUGAUAGGAGGCUAUCAGAGAAAUAUUAUUUUGUCACUAAAAUAACAUAGUUCUCUAGUGUUGAUAUAACUUUCAGGAACGGUUAUAGAUCAAUGAACCUUCAGAGUUAUUUAUUAAUGUUUUUAUUAGCCUUUUCUACACUCCCGCUUAACACUGGAUUUUCAGAGAGAGGUGGGGAAGGGGUAACGGGCAACGAGUACAGGGAACGACAAAAUGAAAAAAAAAAAGAAAAAAAAGAAAGGAUGGAAACCUACCUUAAACCCUAGCCUCAUUCUCUGCUUCGUUCACCGUGCUCGUUCGUCCCCUCUUCCCGUUGGUCGUUUUUUACUAUCACCCCUUGACACUGCCCGUAAGCAGUUCUUAAAUGUACGGGAAAGCCAAGUGAAAACUCGUGGUUUCGCUUGACACUGGCUAAAAUCUGUUUUAAAUAACCUGCCUGUUUUCUGCCUAAGCAGACUGGCUCACAGACUAGGUUUUCUAACGAGACUGUGACUGAUCGAUCACCUUUCUUCUCAAGAUCCCUUUAUUCUGAACAAAAUAUUGCUUAGACUUGCUAAAUUUGAAAACUUGUACAUGAUUUUGUAAUGAUUAGGCAGUGACUGUGGUUUGCCUCUAUGCCUUUCACAGUUUUUUUUUUUUUUGUAACGAUUUAAGGUAUGGUCGAGAUUCUGUGAGUAAUCAUCCAACAGGUGUACAUCCUUUUAACGCCUCUGAAGGAGAUUUCAUCACUAAUCAGUACUACAUGGGAGGAGACUGUGAGUAACUGAUCAUACAUACAAUGAAUCAAACUUCCUUAAGGCUGCGUGCAAACGGACGCAACAACUCUCAACAUUGUUGCGCCAACAAUGUUGGGAGUUGUUGCGUGCAUGUUGGCAGUGGUGUGCAAACGGAUGCAAUAACUCAGUCCCAACAAUGUUGGGACCUGCAGUGCAUCGUGGGAAGGAUACAACCCAUAAGUCUUUGUAAACUAUGCGUAAUUAGCGUGCGUGGCCCCAACAAUGUUGGAAGAGCCGUGCAACGGAUCCAACAUUGUUGCGCUACGCUUCGGCGAUCACGGAACAAAACAAAUGUUGGGAGUUGCUGGCUGAAAAGUUUGACCGGUUUCAAACUUUGCGCAACAACACGCAACAACAUCCAACAACAUGCAACAGGUUGUGCAAACGGACGCUACAUGUAACAUCCAACAAUGUUGGGAGUUGCUGGCCAACAAUGUUGCGUCCGUUUGCACAGGGCUCAACACGACGACAAAAAGGACAGAGCUAAAUGAUCCGCUUUAAAGGCUUAAGGAAAAAACUAGGCAAUUGUCAAUCAGAUCUACGUAACGAGAACUGACGACCUAAUGGGAAAACCUUUUACCUUAUUACAAGAAAUUUUCGAGACAGGUUCGAUUUUGCAAAAACUUUGGAACGAGAGUCCUUUUAAUUUCUCGUUUUUGAGUAAGACAAAAUUAAUUUAACUUUUUAUUUAAUCAAAUAUAACGAUAACCUGCAAUUGUUAUUAUGUCAAAACUAAAAAAAAAUAUGCAUCGGCGUGAAUUAUCCACGAUACCCACUAUAAGUAAGCCUCACAAGUUAUUUAUACAAUGUCUUCAGAAAGAUCAACUAGAGGUAACACUCUACUCCCAGGUAACUGCCACUUGUAAUUCCCUUUUUCUCUCAUCUUUUCACAUAAUUUUGGCGUCUCGUUAUUCGCGACAAAAAAAAUUAAAGUGACGCGAAAAUUUCAUUUUAAGGUACAUAGACUGGUUUAUUCUGACAUCGUAAUGCGGCCCUGCCUCUUUACCACUACCGCCAAUGGAGAGAUUGAGCUUCACGUAUACUGUAAAGGGCAAACGUCAGAUUCAAGUUGAGAAUUUUUCAAAAUAGAAAAUGAGCAGAUAAAAUCAGCUCACAACAAUUCUUGUGGAUAAAAAAAUUGCGUAAUAAACUACUAAUUUAUGUGUAGAAAUAAUGAACAGUAAACGACAAGUAAAGCGGGAAACUUGGUCACGUGGUACAAAUUCGCGUUUGACGUUUGACGUAAACGUGAUGGUUAACCUCUCUAAUGUUUUAGCCUGAUAUUAACAGCUGUUAGCUAAAAGCGUAUAUUAUUCACUCGCAAAAACAUUAAUUUUAUGAAACGUAGAAAUUUAACAAAACUCUCAAUUAUACCACAGCACACUCAUUUGAUGGCGAUCCGAGAAGAUGUGACAACGAUCGAACGAAUUUUUGGGACAACCCUGAUCGAAGAGUACGUUACGCCACGGUUGUCCUGAGAAGAAAUUUGACGGAACAGAAGGCGGGGAUUUUUACUGGCACCUCAUGUGGAAAACCAUGGUACAAAAUCAGGGACAUUUUCGUAUAUUUUUAG